AUGAGUAGUAGUAGUAGUAGAUUGGACAGAUUAAUUGUUUUAUUAGAUGGUGGUACGCCAUUUAUAAGAAAUACUGCUGCUGAUCAAUUAUCUGAUUUAGCUAAAGCUCAUCCUGAAGAUAGUUUAAAUUUAUUAGGUAAAGUUUAUUCAUAUUUAAGAUCAAAUAAAUGGGAAACUAGAAUAUCAUCAGCAAGAGCAAUAGGUGGUAUUGUAAAUCAUUCACCAAUUUAUGAUCCAAAUGAAGGAGACGAAGAAACAACUAUGAAACAAGAAGCACCUGCAGUCAAACAAGAAGAAAUACCGGAAAUAAAACAAGAAGAGACCGAAAUUAAAAUAAAACAAGAACAUGAAGAACCAUUUAUAAAAGAUGAAGAAAUUGAUGUUGAUAUUAAAAAAGAGCCCGAGGCAGAAGAAUAUUUAAAAGAAAGUCUACUAAAAUUUGAUUUGAUUGAUUUAUUUGAAUUAUUAAAAAGUAGUACUAAAUUAGUUGCAAAAGCUGAAGAAAUUAUAGAUUCUGAAACUAAUGAAUCGCCAGCACCUAUUAAACAAGAACAAGAUUUACCAACACCACCACCGUUAAAGAAAGAAAAUUCAAGUGCAAGAUUAAGAGCUCUAGAAAAGAGAAGAUUGAAAAAACUCAAAAAUCAACCACAAACUAUAGAUAUCAAAAACUCUCUAAUCAAAACUGAUCAAAUGGAUAUAGAUCAAAAACCAAAUUAUGACAUUACAUCCCAACAAGGUGGUGAAAAAUUAGUUUUAGAAACUAAAUUACCCGAAAUAAUUUCACAAAAUGAUGAUUCAAUAUGGCAAUUUCAAAAUUUAUAUAAAGUUCUACUAAAGGGAAUGUUUGAUCCACAAUGGGAACAAAGACAUGGUAGUUUAUUAGGAUUAAGAGAAAUUAUUCGAAAACAUGGUAAAAGUGCAGGUAGAACUCUGGAUAAAUCAAGAAUUGAAAAUGAAUUAAUUAAUGCUGCUACUUUAGAAGAUUUGGCUGUUAAAUUAUGUAUAUUAUUUUGUCUUGAUAGAUUUGGUGAUUAUGUUUCAGAUACUGUUGUUGCACCAGUUAGAGAAUCUGGUGCUCAAACAUUAGCUGCAUUAUUAUUACAUUUAAAUGAUGAAACGGUUGUUAAAACAUUUGAUUGUUUAUACAAUUUAGUAUUACAAAAAGAUUUAAAAGUUAAAUGUUGGGAAGCUAAACAUGGUGGUAUGUUGGGAGUUCGAUAUUUAGUAAGUGUGAGAACUGAUAUACUAUUAAAGAAUCAAGAAAUGUUUGAUAAAGUUGUCAAUAUGGUUUUACAUGGAUUAAGAGAAUCAGAUGAUGAUGUUCAAUCAGUAGCUGCAUUAACUUUAUUACCAAUUGCUAAUGAAUUUGUAAAUACUCGAAAUUCAGUCAUACAGACAUUAUUAUCGGUAAUAUGGGAUUGUUUAAUUAAUUUAAGAGAUGAUUUAUCAGCUUCAAUUGGUUCAGUAAUGGAUUUAUUAGCAAAAUUAUGCUCUCAUAAACAAGUUAUUCAAGUAAUGCAACAAAAUCCAGAAUUGAACUCAUUUGAAAAAUUAGUACCUAGAUUAUAUCCAUUUUUAAGACAUUCAAUUACAAAUGUUAGAAAAGCAGUACUACGUACUUUAUUAGAAUUUUUAUCAAUUGAUGAUCCAAGUACAAAGAAUUGGAUUGAUUCAAAAGCAUUAAGAUUAAUUUAUCAAAAUUUAUUAGUUGAACAAAAUAAUGAAGUAUUACAAUUGAGUUCACAAGUUUAUGAGAAAAUUUUAAAUGAACUUGACAAAUCUAAAAUAAAUGAUGUUUUUAUAGCUCAAUCUAAAGCAUUAUUAACUUUAACUAUGACUCCAAUUGGUAUUGCAAGACAUAAUUAUAAAAUGAAUACCACUUAUAUAAUUAGACCAUCUGGUCAAUCUAUGGGUUCAUUAGAUGAUGAAGAACGUAAAAAUAAGAAAAGAAAACAAGAUGAUGAUUUAGAUAUUCCAAUUGAAGAUUUAAAAGUUAAUAUUGAUGCUCCUAUAUACAGAGGUGAUGUGGUGUUAAUUGGUUAUGAUAAAUUUAUAGCAAUGAAAUGUGCUGCUACAAAAGCAUUUGGUAGAACAUUAUCAUAUAUUGAAGAUGAAGAAAUAUUGAAUGGUAUAUUUCAUCAAAUCUUAAAUUAUAUAAAUUCAGCUCAUGCUACUUCAAAAUUAUUAUCUUCAAUCAUAAUUGAAGAAUAUGCAAUGGCAUUAAAAGAGAGAAAUAAAACACCUAGAGACUCAUUAAUUGAAUUAUUAUCAACCCCAUUAUUAAACACACUACAAGACCAAAAUCUCCCAUCAUUUAGAGAAUUAGUACCUACUCUCAAAUCAGUCAGAACUUCAUGUUUACAAUUAUUUGAUGUUUUUGUAAAUACUGCUAAAUUAUCACAAUCUAAGAUGCCUCAAUUACCAGUAGUAGUUCAAGGAGAACUUGAAGCUGGUCCAGGUGCUUUCAGUAUUGAAAAUGCUGAAAAAAUAGUUAAUGAAACAUUUAUAAAAUUACAAAAAUCUUUAUCUACAACGUAUAAAUUAUCGGCAAAUCAAGCAUUAGAAGAUGCAAGACAUAGAAUUGGAAUAGCAAUAGAUGAAUCGAACCUUGCUAAAACAUCAAGAUCAACAAGUAUAUUAGCAAGUUAUUCAGCUGCAGUCUUAGCCUUAUCUGGGGUACCUAAGAAAUUAAAUCCAAUAAUUAAAUCAUUAAUGGAAAGUAUUAAAUCUGAAGAAACAUUAAUAUUACAAAAAAGAUCAGUAUAUUCAAUUGCAAAAUUGAUUGAACAAUUAAAUACACUAAAUAAAAAAGGAGCAGCUGAUAAAAUAAUCAAGAAUUUAUGUGCAUUUUUAUGUGUUGAUACUUCUGAAGUGCCUGAGUUCCAUCAUAAUGUGAUAUAUAAAGAUAAUAUACUAUCAUUAAGAAAAGAAGAAGCUUCAACUGAUGCUGCUGAUAUUGCAGCACAUGAAAGAGCAGUACACGAAGCAAGAAUAAAAAGACAAGGUGCAUUGAUGUCAUUAGAAGAAUUAUUAGGAAUAUAUGGACCUGAAUUAUUUAAUCAAUUACCAAAAUUGAAAGAAAUUAUGAUUGAACCAUUAAAAGAUUUAUCAAUAACUGAAAUUUCAGAUGAUUUAAAAGGUCAAGCUAUAAUUGAUGCUUUGGGUAUUUUACGAGCAUUAUUACCAAAACUUGAUAAAUCAUUAUAUCCAAUAAUAAUAGACAAUCUAAAUUUAUUUUUACCAGGUUUGAAAUCCGAAUAUUCAGUAUUUAGAUAUUCAACUGCAAAAUGUUUAGCUACUAUUUGUUCAGUAGUUCCAACUAAAUCAUUUAUUUUCCUUGUUGAUUCAGUUUUACCAAUGUUGAAAAAUGCAGGUAAUGUAAAAGAAAGACAAGGUGCAAUCGAAACGAUUUACCAUAUUUCAGCAACAAUGGGUUCUGAUAUUUUACCUUAUGUUAUGUUUUUAAUCGUUCCUGUAUUGGGUAGAAUGAGUGAUUCAGAUCAUGAUGUUAGGGUAUUAGCAACUACUACAUUUGCAUCAAUUAUAAAAUUAGUUCCUUUAGAAGCUGGUAUUCCCGAUCCUGAAGAUAUGCCGAAAGAAUUAUUAGAAGGUAGAGAUCGAGAACGUGAUUUUAUUCAACAAAUGAUGGAUCCUUCAAAAAUUAAACCAUUUGAUUUACCAGUUUCAAUUAAAGCUACAUUACGUAAAUAUCAACAAGAAGGUGUUAAUUGGUUAGCAUUUUUAAAUAAAUAUCAUUUACAUGGUAUAUUAUGUGAUGAUAUGGGAUUGGGAAAAACUUUACAAACUAUAUGUAUUGUAUCGAGUGAUCAUCAUAUAAGACAAGAAAAUUACGAACUGACAAAAGCAAUUGAAUAUAGAAGAUUACCUUCAUUAGUCAUUUGUCCUCCAUCUUUAACUGGUCACUGGGAACAAGAAAUUAAUCACUAUGCUCCAUUUAUGACAGUUUUAGUAUAUGCUGGAAAUCCAAGUAUUAGAAUUCCAUUAAGAUCACAAAUUGAUAAAGUUGAUGUUGUUGUAACUUCAUAUGAUGUAUGUAGAAAUGAUGUUGAAUAUUUGAGUAGUCAAGAUUAUAAUUAUUGUGUUUUGGAUGAAGGUCAUAUUAUUAAAAAUUCAACAUCAAAAUUAUCAAAAUCGGUGAAAAAAAUAAGAGCGGAACAUAGAUUAAUAUUAUCAGGAACUCCAAUACAAAAUAAUGUUUUGGAAUUAUGGUCAUUAUUUGAUUUCCUAAUGCCGGGAUUUUUAGGUACUGAAAAAGUCUUUCAUGAAAAAUUUGCAAAACCAAUUGCAGCAAGUAGGAAUUCAAAAACAUCAUCAAAAGAACAAGAAGCUGGUGCAUUGGCAUUAGAAUCUUUACAUAAACAAGUUUUACCAUUUAUGUUACGUAGAUUAAAAGAAGAUGUUUUAUCAGAUUUACCACCAAAGAUUAUUCAAGAUUAUUAUUGUGAAUUAAGUGAUUUACAAAAAAAAUUAUAUAAAGAUUUUGCCAAAAAUGAAAAAGAUUCAAUUAAAGAAAAUGUAACAGAAAAUAAAUCACACGUAUUUCAAGCAUUACAAUACAUGAGAAAACUAUGUAAUCAUCCAGCAUUAAUUUUAAAUUCAAAUCAUCCAAAAUAUAAUGAGAUAGAGUUAUUAUUAAAGAAGAAAAAUUCAACGAUUAAAUCAAUUGAACAUGCUCCUAAAUUAUUAUCAUUAAAGACAUUAUUACAAGAAUGUGGUAUUGGAUCACAAGAUAGUGAAUACACAACCAAGAAAUCAAAAAAACAAGUUCAAACUCAAUUAGUGACUGAGAAUGUUAUAUCUGAACAUCGUGCUUUGAUAUUUUGUCAAUUGAAAGAUAUGUUAGAUAUGGUUGAAAACGAAUUACUUAAAAAACACUUACCUUCAGUUACAUAUAUGCGAUUAGAUGGAUCAACAGACCCUCGUGAUCGUCAAUCAAUAGUUCGUAAAUUCAACGAAGAUCCCUCCAUUGAUGUAUUAUUAUUAACCACUAAAGUAGGGGGUCUUGGUCUUAAUUUAACCGGUGCAGAUACGGUUAUUUUUGUAGAACAUGAUUGGAAUCCAAUGAAUGAUUUACAAGCAAUGGAUAGAGCACAUAGAUUAGGUCAAAAAAAGGUUGUCAAUGUAUAUAGAUUAAUUACAAAAGAUACAUUAGAAGAAAAAAUUAUGGGAUUACAAAAAUUCAAAAUGAAUAUUGCUUCAACUAUUGUAAAUCAACAGAAUGCAGGUUUACAAUCAAUGGAUACAAAUCAAUUGUUGGAUUUAUUUGACGUUGGUGAUGAGAAUGGAAAACUAGCAGAGAGUAAUGAAGGUGAUAAAGAAAAUGGAUUUGAAGGUAAUGGUGGUGCUAAUGUUCCUGAUGAAUUGACUGGUGGAUUAACUGGUAAAGCUGCUGGUGCUGUUGGUGAAUUGGGUGAAUUAUGGGAUGAAGCUCAAUAUGAAGAUGAAUAUAAUUUGGAUAAUUUUAUAAAAUCGUUAAAAUAA